GUGCUCUGUUCAGUCAGUUCAGUCUGUAUGAAGAUGAGGGGGAAUAUCUGCUGCUGCCUGUUAGCUUUUGUUCAGAGCUGCAAUGUCACUGCAGCAAUAAUCCAUAAAAUAGUUGAGGAGAAGGACCCUGUCUCUCUGCGUUGUCCUCACUCUGUGGAGGGUAAAGUGACGUGGAGCAGAGAGAGAGAUGGAACUAAAGUUGACAUAUUUACAAUUGAUGGUGACAGAGAGAUAAGACACAAUGAUCCAGGCAAACGAUACAGUUCACAGACAGAUAAAUCACUUUACAUUGGUAGAGUUACUGUCUCAGACACUGGAAGAUACUUCUGUAAUAAUGAACCAGCUGUGGAGCUGACGGUGAUCCCAUCAGGAACAACCAGACUUGAUGCUGCAGAGAGGACCACCAUCACUCUGAAAUGUCCUCCUGAUGUUGGAGGAUCAGAUGUUCCAACAUGGAGCAGAGACGCUGUUGAAAUACAACAACAGAGACGGUUUCAUGUUUCACCUGCUGACAACACGUUGAUAAUAACAGACCUGCAGCCUGCUGACUCUGGACUUUAUUACUGUGAUGGAAAACCUGCUGCGUAUCUGACUGUGAACAAAGAUGAGACAUCUGAGAGAGACGGUGAAACGACACCAACAUCAACAACAUCAUCAACAACAACAACGUCAACAACAUCAACAACAUCAUCAACAUCAACAACAUCAACAACAACAACAUCAACAACAUCAACAACACCAGCAGCAGAAGGAACUACAGGAACUACAGUAUUACAGUCGCCUCCUAAAGACCAGAGAACACCUCUUAGUUUGGUGAUUGAAGUCGUUGUCCUUUUCCUCUUACUCUUCAUCAUCAUCAACAUCAUCAUCUGCUGUAGACAGAGAUGCAGGUUUGAGAGACAAGGAAGGAAAGUGGAAGAGAGAGGAGACGACACGCAGCUAGGGGCCACAGGUCAGACUCAAACCCACGGUCGCUACAGCUCAGCCUCGGUACAUGUGGUACCAGCUCUACCAGGAACUGAAGAAACAGACGCUGUCUAUGAUUGUAUUCAGGAUGAAUCUGUGCUUCAAUCUAUAAACCGUGAGGAAAGUUUGCCUGGAUCAAUAGAUUCAUUCAGCAUGUCAGAUUAUUCAGAUGAAUCAAACCACAGUGAUCCAACGUAUUCAACCAUCUCUGAUCUUCCUCCAGUGCAAAUGAAGACCGACACAUUUCCACCUAAUGAGUUCUCGUAAUCCUGGAUCAGCUGCACUUUUCUCGGUGGAAAUAAUAAAGCCGACUGACAACACGUAUUCUUUACUGGAGAAACCCAAAGCAGCUGGAAACCAGUGACCAACGUUGGACCUGAAUAUUGUGCCGCUGUUACUGUGAGGGGAAAAAGCGGAUUUAUUUUUUGAAAGUUGAGCUUAAAACUGUUUGACUGGCGAAAAAGAAAAUGUGACUUAAUUCAUGUGUACGUUAAGAUCCUCACAUCAUUCCCAAAUGUAAAAUUCACAACUUAUGAAAGAUGUAAAAUCAUCUUUUUCUUGCAAAGGCGCCUUAAAGCUCCAUGAAAUUUACCUUUGGGUAUUAUAUUGUAAUUAUUGUAAUUUUAUGUUUUUAAAUGUAUUUAAGAAUUUCUUUUACUAAAAAAACAUAUUUGAGAUCAUUAA